CCCGCCCCCUCCUCCCGGCGCGGCCGGCGCUCGGUGGCGGCCGCUCCGGGGCUGACAAGAUGGCGGCUGGCGGGGCUGUCGCUGCGGCGCCCGAGUGCCGGCUUCUGCCCUACGCGCUACACAAGUGGAGCUCCUUCUCCUCCACUUACCUUCCCGAGAACAUUUUAGUGGAUAAACCAAAUGACCAGUCUUCAAGGUGGUCUUCAGAGAGCAACUAUCCUCCCCAGUACUUGAUUCUGAAACUUGAAAGGCCUGCUAUAGUCCAGAACAUCACAUUUGGAAAAUAUGAGAAAACUCAUGUCUGCAAUUUGAAGAAAUUUAAAGUCUUUGGUGGAAUGAAUGAAGAAAAUAUGACAGAGCUAUUGUCCAGUGGCUUAAAGAAUGAUUAUAACAAAGAAACAUUCACCUUGAAGCAUAAAAUUGAUGAACAGAUGUUCCCUUGUCGAUUCAUUAAAAUAGUUCCGCUCUUAUCGUGGGGACCCAGCUUUAACUUCAGCAUCUGGUAUGUUGAACUCAGUGGCAUUGAUGAUCCCGAUGUAGUACAGCCCUGUCUGAACUGGUAUAGCAAGUACCGUGAACAGGAAGCUAUUCGCCUUUGCCUAAAACACUUCAGACAACACAACUAUACAGAGGCCUUUGAAUCGCUACAAAAAAAAACCAAGAUUGCCCUAGAACAUCCCAUGUUAACAGAUCUACAUGAUAAACUGGUGCUGAAGGGUGAUUUUGAUGCUUGUGAAGAAUUGAUUGAAAAAGCUGUAAAUGAUGGUUUGUUUAAUCAGUACAUCAGUCAGCAGGAAUAUAAGCCACGAUGGAGUCAGAUCAUUCCAAAAAGCACCAAAGGUGAUGGAGAAGAUAACCGACCAGGAAUGAGAGGGGGCCAUCAGAUGGUUAUUGAUGUUCAAACAGAGACCGUUUAUUUGUUUGGUGGCUGGGAUGGAACACAAGAUCUUGCUGACUUCUGGGCGUACAGUGUGAAGGAGAACCAGUGGACAUGUAUCUCUAGAGACACUGAAAAAGAGAAUGGUCCUAGUGCCAGAUCAUGUCAUAAAAUGUGCAUUGACAUUCAACGAAGGCAAAUCUACACAUUGGGGCGAUAUUUGGAUUCCUCUGUGAGGAAUAGCAAGUCUCUGAAAAGUGACUUCUAUCGUUAUGACAUUGACACAAACACAUGGAUGUUACUCAGUGAGGAUACUGCUGCUGAUGGAGGGCCAAAAUUGGUGUUUGAUCAUCAGAUGUGUAUGGACUCAGAAAAGCAUAUGAUCUACACCUUUGGUGGUAGAAUUUUGACAUGUAAUGGGAGCGUAGACGACAGCAGAGCCAGUGAACCACAGUUCAGUGGGUUGUUUGCUUUCAACUGUCAAUGUCAAACUUGGAAACUUCUUCGAGAGGACUCCUGUAAUGCUGGGCCUGAGGACAUCCAGUCUCGGAUAGGACACUGCAUGCUAUUCCAUUCAAAAAAUCGUUGCUUAUAUGUUUUUGGUGGCCAGCGAUCGAAGACCUAUUUGAAUGAUUUCUUUAGUUAUGAUGUGGACUCUGAUCAUGUAGACAUAAUAUCAGAUGGCACCAAGAAAGACUCUGGAAUGGUUCCAAUGACAGGAUUCACACAGAGAGCAACCAUUGAUCCAGAACUGAAUGAAAUACAUGUCCUAUCUGGACUCAGCAAAGACAAGGAAAAGCGGGAGGAGAAUGUCAGAAAUUCAUUCUGGAUUUAUGACAUUGUGAGGAAUAGUUGGUCUUGCGUCUAUAAGAAUGAUCAAGCUGCAAAGGAUAAUCCAAGUAAAAGUCUACAGGAGGAAGAACCAUGUCCAAGAUUUGCCCAUCAGCUUGUAUAUGAUGAGUUACACAAGGUUCAUUAUUUAUUUGGUGGGAAUCCAGGAAAAUCUUGCUCCCCAAAGAUGAGAUUAGAUGACUUCUGGUCACUGAAGUUGUGUAGGCCUUCAAAAGAUUACUUACUCAGACACUGCAAGUACCUGAUAAGAAAACACAGGUUUGAAGAAAAGGCCCAGAUGGAUCCCCUUAGCGCUCUGAAAUACUUACAAAAUGAUCUCUAUAUAACUGUGGAUCAUUCAGACCCAGAAGAGACAAAAGAGUUUCAGCUUCUAGCUUCAGCUCUAUUCAAAUCUGGCUCAGAUUUUACAGCUCUAGGCUUUUCCGAUGUGGAUCACACCUACGCUCAAAGAACUCAGCUCUUUGACACCUUAGUAAAUUUCUUUCCUGACAGCAUGACUCCUCCUAAAGGCAACCUGGUAGACCUCAUCACACUGUAACCGAAGAUCACUGGACAGAAAUGGAGAACAGGAGUCUGCUUUCAGUAUUUUGGAGUUCAACUCUGUUGACUGUCAGUUAGGCUGCAGUGAUUGAGGACUGCACCAGAAUUUUGAAGGGAUCUUUACUGUCACAAGUUUUAACCCUCUUCCUUCAUACCCAACCUCAGCCCCUUUCUCCUCAUCCCUUUCCUGAAUUAGGUUAAUAAAGUGAAAUUGAUAUACUUUCCAUUUAAA